AUGUCGAGCACGUCCCCCAUCGAGAUGCAGUCUUACGACUUUCUCUUCAAGGUGAGUACAAUGCAGUGCAGUGCUCGACCAUUCUCUCUCCACGAGUAUGUUUUUGCAGUCGUCGCGUUUUCAAUUCUCUGAGGACCUCCUCCCAUUCCUGCGCUCGCUUAGAUGAUCUUGAUAGGAGACAGUGGCACUGGAAAGACUUGUUUGCUGCAUCACUUUGUGUAUGGGGAGUUCAAGGAAGAGUCUCAGCAUACCAUCGGAGUGGAAUUUAGCUCCAAAGUCCUCAGGGUUGGCAAGACGUGCGUCAAGUUGCAGGUGAGUGGCUGCUGCUGCUUGAAAGGGAUCGCAUACAUGGUUCGGGUGCGGAAAGGGAUCGCAUACAUGGUUCGGGUGCUCGGCUCGGUUCAUUCGCUACACCGACUCGGAGAUGAGAUGGCGCGUUUGAUGGAGUGCAAGACAUUUCGAUGCGACAUCUGCUCACUGUCAAGCACCCCUUGCCCUAUCUCGCACCGCAUCAUUCAGCUUUGGGACACGGCGGGUCAAGAGCGCUUUCGGUGAGCUUUGUACUCUCUCAUUCCGCUCUGCCGUUGCUCACAUGCACCGCCGCGCAGAUCGGUGACUCGUAGCUACUAUCGAGGAGCAUGCGCCUGCCUGCUGGUGUACGACAUAACCAAGUGAGUCCAUCGUGCGCGCAUCGCCUUGGAAUGGCGUAGCGGUGCUGAAGUCAUCGCUGAACACGUCGGUAACACGCUCGAUGCAAGACGAGCAACGUUCGAGCCGCUAUCGCGCUGGUUGGCGGAUGCGCGAUCUCUAGCUUCUAGCGAUCUCGUUGUUGUGCUUGUGGGGAACAAGCUCGAUCGGGCAGAGGAUGAGAGGGAAGUCGCGCAAGAGGAAGCGGAGCGAUGGGCGCACGAUAAUGGUGAGUCGCUUUGUCGGAAGAGUGCGAGUGGUCGAUCUGAGCCUUGUUCGAGCGAACGAUCUCUCUCCCUGCCACAGGCGCGCUCCAUCUCGAGACCUCGUCGCUCUCGGGCGAAAAUGUCACAACUCCAUUCCACUUGGCAGCCAAGAGCAUCCUUCUCUCGAUCGAAUCUGGUAGCAUCGAUCCCGAAAAGCCUGGUAGCGGCAUUUCCUAUGGCGACAGGGGCGUCGGAGGAAGCAUGAGCAUCAGGAGCGGCUUUUCUACCAUGGGUUUUGGUAAUGGGAGAGGAUUCGACAGCCGCUUCGACCUGGGUAGAGAAGGCGGACGCCUCAAAGGCCUCAAGGAGAGGAUGAACGGAUGCUGCAACACCUGA